CCACAGUAGCGAACUGCUCCUCGUACCCCAAGGAGCCCGUCGCGUGUUCUUCGUUUAUUCCUACAGGAUGGAGUCUACAGGCGAGAGUGCGAUCUUUGCGAUAUCUGUUUGAUUCCGUAAGAAGAACAAUAAAAAAAGUAAGAAAUGGCGAACACAGCACAUCUGGUGCGUCGGCAAAGUUCACGUGACUUAAAACCCCAGAAGAGCGUUGACAAGCUCGAAAUGAAGGAAAUGCGGGGUAGAUUAGUAGUGGAAACUCGCAAGAACAAUCCCGCUGCUAAUUACGGGGCAACGAAUUCUGGGUUUGAUGACUCCAGUCCCAACUUGAAGGCAACGGCCACUGAAACUGGGGUAGGGAGCAGUAAGCUGGGUAGCAAUGAAGGGAAGGGAAUAUUUCGACCGGAAGCUGGGGAGGACGAGCGAGAGAAUUGGGACAGCAAGCUGACCUUCUUGCUAGCGACGGUUGGAUAUGCCGUUGGUCUAGGAAAUGUGUGGCGAUUUCCUUACCUAGCACAAAAGAAUGGUGGUGGGGCAUUCUUAGUUCCUUACUUCAUUAUGCUUGCCAUAGAAGGCAUCCCAAUAUUCUAUCUUGAACUAGCGAUUGGUCAGCGACUCCGGAAAGGUGCCAUCGGAGUAUGGAAUCAGGUGUCUCCAUACAUGGCUGGGAUCGGAGUGAGCAGUGCAAUCGUCUCCUUCAAUGUAGCCCUUUAUUAUAAUACCAUUAUUGCCUGGUGCCUAUUCUACUUUGUUCAGAGUUUCCAAUCUGAACUACCCUGGUCGGAGUGUCCCAAUAAAUAUUUUCAAAAUGGAUCCUACGCUCCUGAACCUGAAUGUUCGGAAAGCAGUCCAACACAAUAUUUCUGGUAUCGAACUACGCUUAUGAUAUCGAAAGAUAUCAACACACCUGAAGUUUUUAAUUGGAAAAUUGCUUUAGCUUUAGUGGUAGCUUGGAUCCUUGUUUACAUGUGUAUGAUUAAAGGAAUUGCGUCUUCUGGAAAGGUCGUAUACGUGACAGCAACAUUUCCUUACAUUGUUCUCAUAAUUUUCUUCUUCCGAGGUAUAACUUUACCCGGAAUGUCGGAUGGUCUACGUCAUCUUUUUACACCGAAGUGGUAUACACUUAAAGAUCCUGUAGUUUGGCUCGAAGCUGGGACGCAGAUAUUUUUUUCCCUGGGUUUAGCGUUUGGUGGACUAAUAGCAUUUUCAUCCUACAACCCUGUCAACAAUAACUGUUAUCGGGACGCAAUUAUGGUCAGUUUGACUAAUUGCUUCACGUCAAUGUUUGCGGGCAUCGUUGUUUUUUCUAUAAUUGGUUUCAAAGCAACAAUGGUUUACGAACAGUGUUUAGCCGACAGAAAUGCUACAUUACUUAACAUUUAUGGAAGUCUUGAACGAAUUCCAAUUGAUCCUCCUGAUGCUGGUGUCCUACUCAAUAUUACAAGCAUAAACGGCACUUUUAAAAAUGAAAUAAUGCCAGGCUUACCAAUCUGUGAUCUCGAGAAAGAACUAGACAAUUCAGCAUCUGGUACUGGAUUGGCAUUCAUAAUAUUUACUGAAGCGAUAAAUCAGUUUCCGGGAGCUCCGUUUUGGUCAGUGCUAUUUUUUCUUAUGCUUUUUACUCUCGGUAUCGAUUCACAGUUCGGAACCCUGGAAGGUGUUGUUACAAGUAUCGUCGAUUUGAAACUUUUUCCCAAUUUGCGAAAGGAAAUUCUUACAGGUGGCAUUUGCCUCGUGUGUUGUAUAAUUUCCAUGGCAUUCGCUCACGGAGCUGGAAGUUAUGUCUUCGUGCUUUUUGACAAUUUCAGUGGCAAUUUUCCAUUGUUAAUAAUUGCAUUCUUCGAAUGCAUAGCAGUAUCUUAUGUAUACGGUCUUAAAAGGUUUGCAGACGACAUUGAAUUAAUGACUGGUAAUCGACCAGGCCUUUAUUGGUUAAUUUGCUGGAAAUAUCUUAGCCCUCUAGCUAUGUUGAGUAUUCUAGUAGCAUCCAUUAUCGAAAUAUUCGUGCAAGGAAGUGGUUAUCAAGCUUGGGUGGCCAGUAAAGGCGUUACAGAGAGACAGGAUUGGCCUGAUUGGGCGAUCUGUUUAAUAGCCUUCCUCAUUCUCGCGUCUGUUCUUUGGAUUCCCGUUGUUACCAUUUGUAGAUACUUUGGAAUACUCAUAAUCGACGACAAUGAGAAGGUCUGGUUUCCAGCAGCAGACCUUAAAGAAUUCCAUGGAAUUGUUCCGCAUGAAGUGACAGUAGCGGAAACAUUGCUCUUCUGCAUCAGAAGUGAUGGUUCUGAGGGUCUUUGUUGUCCCACAGGUAGUCCUAGUGACGAUGACGAGGAUAUAACCUAGAACUAAAUAGUAAGACCUCGAAAUCUCGUGCAGGACAAGUUUCACGUGAAAAUAAUUCGUGAUUCGCAAUUAACAGUCUAUCUUCUAAGCCGUAUCGAAUAUUUCCUUUAAAAUAGAAAGGGAAAAUAAGUAAGCCAGCUCUGAAAUGGGCGAAAUCUCAUCAAUUCGCUUAUCCAUCUUUUGAAAAGAAUCCAUGACAAAUUCCCACUUUAUCCUUUCGCGAAACAAAACUUAAUAAAUAUUUUAUGAUUAAAAGGGAGCGUUCCUUUAAAUUUAU